CUGGACGUCACCGUGUUCGUGAUUUCUGUUGGUAGUAGGAGCUCGGUUCUGGUCACGUGCGCGGUUCUCCGGGGCCGGGCCCGGAGCAGUCCAGCAGUGGGAGCCUCCGCGGCGCUGCUCCUCUGGGCGGACUCUAACCAACGCCUCUUUCUCCGGUCGGGACACCCUCUCUCUCGGCUGAUUCUUUCCAAGCCCGCGCGGCGUGAUGUGAGCGCGCGCGCGGCGGCAGCAGUGUUCGGGACGUGUUCGGGAAUUAUUGCGUGUUUUUGGGAACCUUGAAGCCAGCUCGCCGUCGGACUCCCGCCGCGCCCCUCCCGCUCUCCCCGCAGGAUUUGAUUCAAAGGCGAAAACCAAGAUGGCCGCCGACUCCGUGCAGGGGGAUGCCAGGGGCCAGCUGGUGGCAGAGCGACUGGGUCUGGGACAGAACCUGGACCUGUCUGACUCCAUGGUUCAACAGAAGCUGGACGAGAUCAAAGAGCAGAUCCGCCGUGAGAUCCGCAAAGAGCUAAAAAUCAAAGAAGGUGCUGAGAACCUGCGCAAGGUCACCACAGACAAGAAGAGUCUGGCUUAUGUUGACAACAUGCUGAAAAAGUCCAACAAGAAGGUGGAGGAGCUUCACCAGGAGCUGCAGGAACUGAACGCUCAUAUUGUGGUCAAAGACCCUGAAGAGCGACUAGAAUCCCCCGUGACCCCAGACACGCCGAGCAGCGAAGCUCGGAUGACCACCAGCAGCAGCAGCCGGCUGGCAGCCCUGAAGCGGCAAAACGACAUCGAGCUGAAGGUGAAGCAGGGAGCCGAGAACAUGAUUCAGAUGUACUCCAACGGGUCUUCCAAGGAUCGAAAGUUACUCGCGACGGCUCAGCAGAUGCUUCAGGACAGCAAGACGAAGAUCGAGUUCAUCCGGAUGCAGAUCCUGAAGGCCAGUCAGGAGACCGAGCUGAGCUUUGACACCAGCGAAGUGAUGGACAAGCCCAUCAUCAGCCCUUUAGACCUGCGGGUGGAGGAGCUGUGCCACCACGCCAGGAUCGAGUCUGCUGUGGCCGAAGGAGCCAAGAAUGUAAUGAAGCUGCUGGGCUCGGGAAAGGUCACCGAGAAAAAGGCUCACUCAGAGGCCCAGGCUCGGUUCAAUGAGUCCAGUCAGAAACUGGACCUCCUGCGGCAUUCUUUGCAACUGCGCCUCGACGAGUUGCCAAAAAGCGACCCUCGCAGCCAUAGCAUCAUAGAGGAGCUGUCUCUGCUGUCCUCACCGGCCCUCAGUCCCAGAUCCAGCAUCAUCUCCACGCAGAACCAGUACAGCACCGUCACCAAGCCCGCCGCGCUCACAGGCACGUUGGAUGUCAGGCUCAUGGGCUGCCAGGAUCUUCUGGAAAACAUCCCAGGACGCCUCAAAACUGCCUCUGUGCCGCUUCCUGGGUGGAGCCCCAGCGAGACGCGUUCGUCGUUCAUCAGCAGGGCCAACCGGAACCGCAGCGUGAGCUCCAGGAACCUGGCGAAGAGCGAGGAGCUGUCCAAUGAGAUCAGCGCUGUGCUGAAGCUGGACAACACCGUUGUUGGUCAGACGAACUGGAGGCCUGCCAGCAACCAAGCCUGGGAUCAGAAGUUCACUCUGGAACUGGACCGGUCUCGGGAGCUGGAGAUCUCCGUGUACUGGAGGGACUGGCGCUCGCUCUGCGCCGUCAAGUUCCUGCGGCUGGAGGACUUCCUGGAUAACCAGCGUCACGGGAUGUGUCUGUAUCUGGAGCCGCAGGGGAUGCUGUUCGCAGAGGUGACGUUUUUCAACCCCGUGAUUGAGAGGAGGCCGAGGCUGCAAAGACAGAAGAAGAUCUUCUCUAAACAACAAGGUAAAACCUUCCUGCGAGCCCCACAGAUGAACAUCAACAUAGCCACCUGGGGUCGGCUGGUGAGGAGGGCCAUCCCUACAGUCAGCACCAACUCCUUCAGCCCACAGGGAGCAGAGACGGGACACAGCAGCCUGCCGGGUUCCCCCACGCCCUGCAGUGACCCGCUUGUGACCAAACUGGACUUUGACAAAGAACCCACACCAGGACCCAAACACUACACAGCAGCAGAAGUAGCCGUAGAACCACCGACGCCCGACAACAAGGAUGAAGUUCAGAAUGCUCUGUCCUCGUUUGACUUCCUGAGCAAGAGGAACAGCAUCGUGAUGAACCCGGACCUGGAGAGCAUACUGGACCAGAAGCUCCGACAUCCGGAGCUGGAGCUCACUGUCCACAAACCCAGAGAUGCAGACCCGGAGAUCAGGGAAGACGAGCAGUUCAGUCUGCAGGACUUCAAGUGUGUGGCUGUCCUCGGGCGUGGUCACUUUGGAAAGGUGCUCCUGGCAGAGUAUAAGAGCACAGGAGAGAUGUUUGCCAUCAAAGCCUUGAAGAAAGGAGACAUCGUGGCUCGAGACGAGGUGGACAGUCUGAUGUGUGAGAAGAGAAUCUUUGAGACCGUCAACAGCGUCCGCCAUCCCUUCCUGGUCAACCUGUUUGCGUGCUUCCAAACUGCGGAGCACGUGUGUUUUGUGAUGGAGUACGCGGCCGGAGGCGACCUGAUGAUGCACAUUCACACCGACGUGUUCUCAGAGCCGCGGGCCGUGUUUUACGCAGCCUGCGUUGUGCUGGGAUUACAGUUUCUGCAUGAGCACAAGAUCGUCUACAGAGAUCUGAAGCUGGAUAACCUGCUCCUGGACACGGAGGGUUAUGUGAAGAUAGCUGACUUUGGGCUUUGUAAAGAAGGAAUGGGGUACAAGGACAGGACCAGCACCUUCUGUGGAACCCCCGAGUUCCUGGCCCCAGAGGUGUUGACGGAGACGUCGUACACUCGCGCCGUGGACUGGUGGGGGCUCGGCGUCCUGAUCUUUGAAAUGCUGGUUGGAGAGUCUCCCUUCCCUGGUGACGAUGAGGAGGAGGUGUUUGACAGCAUCGUCAACGAUGAAGUCCGCUACCCACGCUUUCUGUCCACGGAGGCCAUCUCCAUCAUGAGGAGG